AUGAGUCUCUUUUGGUUUCUACUUUUCACUGCACAUCUUGCAAUAGCAUCUUCUCUUGUGGAAUUUGAAGAUAGUUUAUUAACUCACAAGCAUGGCGGCGUGCAUCUCAAAUUGCAUCAUGUCAGAAGUCUCAAGUCAUCUCCGAAAUCCAAAUCAUUUUUAUUCUCUGACAUGUUCAUGAAAGAUCAGGAGCGUGUCAGGUACCUUCAUUCCAGAUUAUCCACCGAUUCUGAUUCCAAAAAUAAAGUACCAAAACCAAAACUUGUCAGCAUACCAUUGAAAUCAGGUUUAUUAAUAGGUUCAGGGAAUUAUGUUAUAAAAAUAGGACUUGGUAGCCCUACAAGGUACUAUAGCAUGCUUGUAGACACAGGUAGUUCCUUUUCAUGGCUGCAAUGUCAGCCUUGUACUAUAUACUGUCAUGCACAAGAUGAUCCUAUUUUCAAUCCUUCCUCGUCUAAUACCUAUAAAACCUUACCGUGUUCGUCCCCUGAAUGUUCUUCUCUCAAAUCUUCCACACUCAAUGAACCAAGUUGUUCAAAAGUAUCUAAUGCUUGCGUCUACAAAGCAAGCUAUGGCGAUUCAUCUCUCUCGCUCGGUUACUUGAGUCAAGACGUGUUAACCAUAACACCAUCAGAGAAACUACCGAAUUUUGUAUACGGAUGUGGACAGGAUAAUCAAGGUUUGUUUGGAAGGUCUUCAGGUAUAAUUGGUAUGGCCAACGACAAACUCUCCAUGCUUGCGCAAUUGUCUGGAAAAUAUGGAAACGCCUUUUCCUACUGUCUUCCUACAUCUUUUUCAGCACCGAACUCUACCAAGGAAGGUUUCUUGUCAAUCGGAACAUCAUCAUUGACACCUUCGCCGUACAAAUUCACUCCUUUACUUAAGAAUCCAAAAGUUCCUAGCUUAUAUUUUAUAGAUUUGAAUGCGAUCACUGUGGGAGGAAAGCCACUGGGAAUCGCAGCAUCGAGUUAUAAGGUUCCUACUAUCAUCGAUUCUGGCACGGUUAUUACAAGGCUACCUUCGCCUGUUUAUACAGCCCUGAAAAAUGCUUUAGUGGCGAUCUUGUCCAAGAAAUACAAACAAGCACCAGGAAUUUCUUUAUUGGAUACUUGUUUUACAGGUAGUGUUAAGGAAAUCUCAGAAGCAGUGCCUGUGAUCGCGCUUAUUUUCGGAGGGGGUGCCGAGUUACCACUUACAGGUCACAAUACCCUCUUGGAACUUGAGAAGGGAGUUACUUGUUUGGCUAUAGCUGGUAAUUCUGAGACUAGCUCUAUUGCCAUUAUUGGGAAUUAUCAACAGCAAACGUUUAAGGUGGUUUACGAUGUUGCCAAUUCCAAACUUGGGUUUACACCUGGUGGCUGCCAGUGA